AUAUAUCCAUACCCUUUGUCUAUCACCUUUUAUCACCUCAUUGUAAAAUUUACAAUUGCACUCUUCUUGAGGCUUCUGUAUACAUAUUAUUUUCGGGUCCAACGAAUUGAACUUGGUUGGAAAUCACAUAUAAAAUGUGUGGCUCCAGCAGGUGUUGCUAGUGCACUGGACAUUGGUCUGUCUAACUGGAGUCUGGAAUUUAUUACAAUAUCUCUACUGUCACUUAUUAUUGUAAUAUUGUUAAUAUCCGGAGGGCUGCUACUCUUUUCAUAUGGGUCGACGCAAUUUAACCCUAUUGGAUUUUCUUUAGUGCUCUUCGCUUCAUUCGUUAGUGGAUUUAGAUGGGCGGCUGCCCAGUUUGUUACUCAAAAAUCUGAAUUGGGUGAGUACUUCUCUUACGGUCUUUCGAAUCCAAUAGAUAUGAUAUAUCAUAUUCAACCAUGGAUGGCUCUUGCGCUCUUGCCUCUAGCAUUGGGAGUAGAAGGAGUCGAGAUCAUUGCUUCGCAAGAUUUAUUCCGAUGCAGUGACUACAGUCGUCUUUUGUACAAUAUGCUCUAUCUCCUAAUUGGUGCUUUACUUGGGUUUUGUUUAGAAUGUGCCGAAUAUCUAGUGAUAUGCCAUGCAUCUAGUCUAACGCUAUCGAUUGCGGGAAUAUUUAAA